AUGGAUAAUAACAACAAACCUUUUACUAGUACAUUGGGAAGUGGAGGUUGUCCCUUUGGACAUGGUAGUCAACCAAGUAAUAGUAACAGCAAUGAUGAAGCCAACACUACUCCUACUGCUACUACUGGUGAUACAGACAUUAAAGAAUCAAUCAAAAAAGCUUCUCUUAUGGAACCAUCAAUGGAGGUAAAUAAAGUUCAUACAGGAGUAUAUUAUGGAUCAUAUUUAAAGAUUGAUGAAUUAUUAAAACUACAAGAACCAGAGAGUUUAAAACAAGGAGAAGGAAAGGAAGCACACGAAGAACACCUUUUCAUCAUUAUACAUCAAACCUAUGAAUUGUGGUUCAAGCAAAUCAUCCAUGAACUCGAUUCAAUUCGUUCGAUGAUGUCUAGUGUACCAACACCGGAACGUCACAACGGUGUCAUUGUAAACAGACUCGGUCGUAUUGUACAAAUCGAAAAGUUGUUGGUCGAUCAAAUCUCUAUUCUCGAGACCAUGACAGGUCUCGAUUUCCUCGAGUUUCGUAAUCUUUUGGUGCCAGCCUCUGGCUUCCAAAGUGUACAGUUCCGUGUCAUUGAAAACAAGUUGGGCAUCAUCCCAGACAAUCGUGUUCAAUACCAACAACAUCACUACCAAACCUUUUUCUCAGACACUGACAGAGAAUCUUUGGCUCAAUCGGAAAAGGACACUUCUCUGUUGGGGUUGGUCGUCAAUUGGCUCGAACGUAAUCCUUUCCUCAAGGUUGGUGAAUACGACUUUUGGCAAUCCUACAGUGCCGCUGUCGAUCAAAUCUUGCAACGUGAUCUCGAACGUAUUAAAAACAAUCAAUCUCUAACCGAAGACAUUAAAGAACAAAACAUUAAAGAGGUUGAAAAGAAUAUGAAUAGUUUUAAAACUCUAUUUGAUGAAAAUCUAUACAAUGCUAAAUUGGAAAAACAUGAAGUUAGAUUAUCUUACAAGGCAUUACAAUCAGCAUUACUUAUCUAUUUAUACAAAGAUGAACCAAUUUUCCAUACACCAUUUUUGAUUCUUAAUCUUUUGACCGAGAUUGAUGAACUCUUGCAAAUGUGGCGUUUCAGACAUGGUUUGAUGGUUCAACGUAUUAUUGGUGCAAAGAUUGGUACUGGUGGUUCAUCUGGAUACCAUUAUCUUCGUACUACCAUUGGCGAUCGUUACAAGAUCUUUUUGGAUCUUUUCAACUUGUCAAGUUAUCUAAUCCCUCGUAAUACCCUUCCUCAAUUACCAAAGGUCGUUUCACAACAAAUGGACUUUGUUUGGGGUAACCAAAAUUAA